CGCAAAACCCUCAUUUCACUCCAACCAUCUAAAUUUGGCACUCUCGCAGGAGUACGCCUUACAUACCUAUCACUUAUAGUAUUCCGCAACAUGGGCACUAGGGCGAUUUUUGCUUUCGUGGUGAUGGCUGCCAUUCUCCAAGGCAGUGCGUUUGCUGCCAGUGGAAAGCCCAGGCGUGAGCUUCUCACGCAUCGUGUGCAAGCUGUGAAGCCAACUAUUGGCAGCGGUUGGAGAGCACGGGUGAACAGCAGGAUUGCUAGCGCCUCCAUUUCCACUGCUUCUAGCAGCACUACUGCUACUACUGGUGCCAGUGGUAGCAGCAUCAGCACUGGAAGCGAUGCAGCUACUGUAACCGAAGCGGCAGCAACGUCGUCCAACACUGCAACUGCAAGGGUUGCCGCAGCAGGUGUAGGGAAUUCAUCGCUGGGAGCGCAUCCCGCAGCAGUCAGUGCAACGCUGGGGACGACCACAGUGGGCACUAGUGCCACUUGUGACGCGUCAUCGCUCGCUGACUAUGCCUCUUCAACGCAGCUGUCCUCCGAUCUCACUCUCCACUGGAAGGCAGCCAGUGCGACCAAGGUCAACCUUGCCCUUGAAGCAGCAGCGGGGAGCUCGGCAGCAGCGGGGUGGUUCUCUGUGGCGUGGUCCUCAGAUGGCCGCAUGGCCCCAGCUGACACUGUUUUUGGCAACCUGCCGGGCGGGGCUGUGGCGGCUUACUACAUGAGCGGCUAUGGGAUGAGCGACGUUCAGCCUACAAGCAGCUUCAGUAUUGGCAACGCUGUCCAAACUACAUCGGCUUCCGGCUCCACUAUUAUUGAGUUCUCCCGCGUUUCCAGCGAUGGUUCCAUCCCAGUGAACGUUGGCGGCAGCAACACUCUCAUCUGGGCCUACUCUGAAAGCGGCUCCAAGUCACUUGACUUCCACGGCGAGAAUGACUACACCUACUCUGCCCCCCUUGACUCCUCUCUCACGCUACACUGGAAGACCGUUAGUGCUACUCAGGUCAACCUCGCCCUGGAGGCAGCAGCGGGCAGCACGGCAGCAGCGGGGUGGUUCUCCCUGGCGUGGACUGCGGACGGCCGCAUGGCCCCGGCUGACACUAUCAUUGGCAACCUGCCGGGCGGGGCUGUGGCGGCUUACUACAUGAGCGGCUAUGGGAUGAGCGACGUUCAGCCUACAAGCAGCUUCAGUAUUGGGAGUGGUGCGGCGCUGACUACCACUUCCAGUGGCUCCAAGGUUAUGAAGUUCUCUCGGGCCCAGGGCGAUGGCUCCAUCCCAGUGAGUGUGAACGGGUCCAACACCCUCAUCUGGGGAUACUCCCAAGGCGGCUCUCAGACCCUUGGUUUCCACGGAGAGAAUGAUGGUGCGCUCACCCUCGACUUCUCAUGCGCCACUUCAUCCACCGGAGGUGGCAUCGGCGGUGGCGUUGGUGGCGGCAUUGGCGGCGGUGACAACAACGGAGGUGGCUUUGGAGAUGGAGGCCAUGGGCAUGGGCAAGGCGGUCACGGGCAUGGCCAUGGGGGUCCUGAUGGCCCCGGCCAUGAUGGCGGGGCUGGAGGUGUUGGGGGGGGCAUGGGCGGUUCUGGCAGUGGCGGGUGGGGCAGCAGUGCUUGGGGCGGUUGGUGGGACUGGUCUGGCAUGUGGUAGAGAAAGUUCACCUCGUGAUGGUGGCCAUGGGUUUCUGGAUGGAAGGAGCGGAUGGUCAUGGAGGUGAUAUGGGUAAAACCCAAAAUCACCAUGAUUGUGGGUGUGGAGGAGCCGGCAUAUGGGAUGAAGGAGGGAUGGGUGACUUGGGGGGUCGCAGCUGGAGUGAGAGUGGCUUAUGAGAUGGCG